GUGGGUGGGGUGAGGACUAGACUCUAGAGCCAAGGCCCGAGGCCCCAGCAGUGAUGCAGAGAAUGUGCCCCAUGUACUCUGAGCCUCCGUCCGCAGGACAGACUCAGGCAGCCAGUAGGCAGACGGCACCGCUGGCUGAAGGAACAGCCCAGAGGUUGUCUGCAUCCUGUGAAGGGAGGGGUGCAGAGGAGGGGCUGGAGGGGACUGUCCCACAGAGGCCAGGAGGUCAGUUGGAAGGAGAGCAGGAUGGAGGACAGAAGGAACGUGUGGGGUCGGGGUAGCCGGGUCAGGAAGCCAGGAGGAGAAGACAACAGUGGGCAUGGUUGAGGCCACGUGAGGCCUUGUCUCCUCUUCUGGUGCUGGGGGGCCCCUGAUAGAGACCACAAGCUUCCCCAGCGUGAGUGGCUCAUGGCGGGGGAGGGGAGCACUGCUCACCCGGUGCAAAACAGAGCGCCCUUAGUUCUGACCCUCACCACCCCUUCUGGUGCUUGGCCGUCUGGGUGCUCUCCAAGCACGGAGCUGAGCGAGGGUGCAGGCGAAGGGUCGAGGACCUUGGCGAUGAAGGAGCUUGCCCCCCAGGACACCUUUGCAGGGUACUGGGUGGCUAGUUUGCGCUGCAGGGCCUCCUUCCCUUCCCUAGGGGCAGACUGCCUUCCGUGAUGGUAAAACCCCCAGCUGGGGCUCCCACAAACAAGGCCGUGAGGCCCCUGCAGGUCGUGGGCCAGGCCGGUGCCUCCUGUUCCAGCGGGGCAGAGGUCCUCCGCGAGUUGGAUCGAUUGGUCGUCAGCCCAUUAGCGGGGGUGGCCAGGCUGCCUCAUCAAUAUUUUAAGGCAUGACCUGGCCGUGGGGUCCGGAACUGCGUGUGGCAGGGGCUGAUGACUGGCCUUUUUUCUAUUCCAAUUGUGAGUGCUAUUUUUACUACCGGAAGGCCAGCCGCCCCCUCUCCCAGGCGGCUAACCGGGUGGGGGUAGGGUCUCCCAUCUGGGUUCCUGGCCGCAGGGUUAGGAGAGUCCGUGGCUUGGAAAAGUGACAGGCAGGGACUUGAUUAGGCUUCCUCCCUGAAGCCCCCUCCCUUCCCGCUCUGGCCCUGGUGAAAUGAGAAUGAAAACCAGAAGCCAGACAGGCCGGUUGAGCCUCAGAAACCCCCCAGGUGAUGGAUCAGGGGAGGGUGGUCUACCUGGGUGGGUACCCUUUGUCUCCAGCCCCAGUCCUCAGAGAAGAAGCAACCCCUGCCCGUCCCUGGUCCCAGGGGGGUGACAGUGAGGCCCCUGUCACCAGUGUCCAAGGUGCCGUAACAGUCUCAGGCCUUAGAGGCCACCGCUCCAGCGCCCCAUUUUACUGGUGAGGAAGCCUGAGGAGACACAGAGCCUGGCCUGAGACAGAGCCCAGUCCUCCAGUGCCCUCCCGCACCAACUCAGCAGGUCUCUUCUGGCUGUAUGGGGCCACAGGAGGAACUGGGACUCUGCCCAUGGAAACAAGAGGGCCAAGGACCACAGAGACCAUGGGAGCUCGGGGAGGGAGGGCCAGUGUAGGGAGAAGGCUUCCUGGAAGAAGAGGUUUUACACAGUCUAAACGCCAAGUAGAAUUUGAGUAGUCAGUAGAGUGAGGACAGCUGUUCAGGCAGGAGACUGGCACAGGCCAGGACCAGGGGGCCACUGGAGGAGGGAGAGCCCAGGGCCAUCUGGAUUCAUCCAUAAACCUUCCAGGCGAGCCAGACAGUGGGGGCCAGGGUGAGUUCAUCCACCCUGCUUCCAGGAUCGCUGGGCUCAGCUUUUCCCACGUUGGGGUCUGGUCACCUACAGAAUGGGAGAGGGCCCCAUCUCAUUCAUUGGGUGACACUGGCUGGUCCCUGGAGAGGGCUGGAAAGGCCUCCUGACUGCACCUGAAGUUAGGGAGGACCCUGGCUCUGUUCGUGACCGCCCAUGGAUUAUAACAUUGCAGAGUCCACCUCCUAUGCUGUCCUUCCAGGAAGGGACACCCCUUACCCCCAUUUUAAAGUGAAAAAACAGGCUCAGAGGUGGGAGUUGUGGUCAUCGUCACUCACCCAGAGAGCGGUGGGGUCAGGCUUUGAGCCUAGGUCGGCCAAGAUCCCUGCACUUGGUCUCAUCCCCCAUUUUGGCUCCGAGGGCAGUUCGGUUGGGGACAGUACCUCACUGCUCCUGCCAAGGCCGAGGCCUCUUCUGUAUGGCUUGCAGCCUUCUCUUUGCAGACAGCCAUGUCUGGGCCUCUGUCUCCCUGUCUGUAGCUAGUGUGGGGCUCCCUGCUGGCCCUAUUGUUUGUCACUUACCUCUCCAUGCCCAACCCUUGUCCUUUCUAUGUAGCCCUGGCUAGACCCAGGGGACACUGAGGCCCAUAGGCUCCUGGCCAGCGAGCAGGGGUGGGUAGGGGAGAUCAAGGCAGUCCAGUCUCUGCCUAGGACGUGGCCACAGCCACCAUACCCUUGCCAGAUUCUUCUCUUGAGGUCCACCCCUAUCUCCAGUGAGGGCUAGCUGGGACCCACGCUGUGAGAGCCUCCCCUCAGGGCCCCAUGCCUCCACUCUGUCCCCUUCAAGCAGCAGGAAGAACAGGGAGGACCAGGGAUUGAUGUGCAAAGAGGCGCACCGGGACUGAUUUCCUCCCUGCGCCCCGUUUCCCUGUGGGGCAAACGGGUGUUCACAUUCGGUGCUGGAUUCGGUGCUAGCCCUUCCCAGGCUGCUGUGUCAUCCACUCUGACCGCCCUGAUGGUACAGGGGGAGAAGUAGGGAGCACUCCCACCUGUGGGGAGCACAACCACACGGGUGCGGGGGCAGGAGUCGCUGAGCAGACCGCUGGUUUGGAAAACUGUCCUCUAUGCUAAGUGCCUCAUCAAGUGGCCCGUUUCCUCCCUGGGGCUGCCCUGUGGUUAUUGACUGCAGAUCGAUGGCCGAGGUUGCCCCAAGCCACAGGGGGCUGCGAUGGGACGGGAGCCAUGAAUGGUGCCGCCUCCGGCCCCGCCGCCGCCCCCGCCCCCGCCCCGGUCCCAGACUGGCGGCAGUUCUGUGAGCUGCACGCGCAGGCGGCCGCCGUGGACUUCGCGCACAAGUUCUGCCGCUUCCUGCGGGACAACCCGGCCUACGACACGCCCGACGCCGGCGCCUCCUUCUCGCGCCACUUCGCCGCCAACUUUCUGGACGUCUUCGGCGAGGAGGUGCGCCGCGUGCUGGUGGCCGGGCCGGCGCCUCGGGGGGUGGCCGAGCACCCCGAGGCCAUGGAGCCCGAGCCGGCGGGGCCCGCGGCGCUCAAGGCGGCGGCGUAUGGCCACUCGCGGAGCUCCGAGGACGUGUCGGCGCAGGCGGCCGCCAAGGCCCGCGUCCGCAAGGGCUUCUCGCUGCGCAACAUGAGCCUGUGCGUCGUGGACGGCGUGCGCGACAUGUGGCACCGGCGCGCCUCCCCGGAGCCCGACGCUAGCGCCGCCCCGCGGGCCGCCGAGCCCCCAGCCGAGCCGCGAGACAAGUGGACACGGCGCCUGCGGCUGUCGCGGACGCUGGCGGCCAAGGUGGAGCUGGUGGACAUCCAGCGCGAGGGCGCGCUGCGCUUCAUGGUGGCCGACGACGCGGCCGCGGGCCCGGGCGGCACCGCCCAGUGGCAGAAGUGCCGCCUGCUCCUGCGCAGGGCCGUGGCCGGUGAGCGCUUCCGCCUGGAGUUCUUCGUGCCGCCCAAGGCUUCCAGGCCCAAGGUCAGCAUCCCUCUCUCAGCCAUCAUUGAGGUCCGCACGACCAUGCCCCUGGAGAUGCCAGAGAAGGACAACACGUUUGUGCUCAAGGUAGAGAAUGGAGCCGAAUAUAUCCUGGAGACCAUCGACUCACUGCAGAAACACUCGUGGGUGGCUGACAUCCAGGGCUGUGUGGACCCCGGGGACAGCGAGGAAGACGCCGAGCUGUCCUGUGCCCGGGGAGGCUGUCUGGCCAGCCGAGUAGCCUCCUGCAGCUGUGAGCUUCUGACUGACGCAGGGGACCUGCCCCGGCCCCCAGAGACAACGGCAGCCGUGGUGACAGCUCCACACAGCCGAGCUCGAGAUGGUGUUGGGGAGUCCCUGGUCCACGUCCCGCUGGAGACCUUCCUGGAGACCCUGGAAUCCCCGGGUGGCAGAGGCAGGGACAGCAGUAACACAGGGGAGGAGGGAACGGAGGCAGAGCCUGAGGCCGAGCCUGAGCUGGAACUCUCCGACUACCCCUGGUUCCACGGCACGUUGUCACGGGUCAGGGCGGCUCAGCUGGUGCUAGCGGGAGGACCCCGGAGCCACGGCCUCUUCGUGAUCCGCCAGAGCGAGACUAGGCCUGGGGAGUACGUGCUGACCUUCAACUUCCAGGGCAAGGCCAAGCACCUGCGCCUGUCCUUGAACAGCCACGGGCAGUGCCACGUGCAGCACCUGUGGUUCCAGUCUGUGCUUGACAUGCUGCGCCACUUCCACACCCACCCGAUCCCACUGGAGUCAGGGGGCUCUGCAGACAUCACCCUACGCAGCUACGUGCGGGCCCAGGGCCCCCCACCCGCCCCGGGGCCCUCGCCCAGCGCCGCGCCCGCGCCCCCCGCCUGCUGGAGCGAGCCGGCCGGCCAGCACUACUUCUCCAGCCUGGCCGCCGCCGCCUGCCCUCCCGCCUCGCCCUCGGAGGCGGGCGGCGCCUCGUCCUCGUCAGCCUCGUCGUCCUCGGCCGCGUCGGCGCCGGCCGCCCCGCGCCCCGCCGAGGGCCCGCUGAGCGCGCGCAGCCGCAGCAACAGCGCCGAGCGCCUCCUGGAGGCGGCGGGGGGCGGCGCGGACGAGCCCCCGGAGGCCGCGCCCGGCGAGGGAGCGCGGGGCCGCACGCGCGCCGUCGAGAACCAGUACUCCUUCUACUAGCCCGGCGCGGCGGCGCCAAGGCCCUGGGCCCCUCCCCACCCCCCCGGACGCGCCGUGCGGCCGCCCCCGUCCCCGUCCAUCCCUCCGUCCAGCGGACCCGGCCGGCCCCAGCCCGGCGCUGGGUGGGAAAAGCGAAGCUCUUCAGUGAAGACAUAAAUGUUAUUAAAGAGCCUGUUUUAGGGACUGCA